AAAUAUGAAAAAGAACCAAACAAACAUUACCAACAGCUGUCAAACUUUAGGUUGUUUACUUUAGGCGAGGUUGUCCACAAAGCUGACUGACAUCUGUCCAAAGGUUGAUUCAUAACAUCAUCGCUUCUCCUCAUCAUAGCUAGAGCAUAUAAGAAAUUUGCAAACUGAAUGAUAUGGGUGGGCUGGAUUAUGGGUAAUCACAAUGUCAAAGGUCACAGUCUCUGGCCCACUCACUGCAUGCCAAAUCUGACAGAACCCCACCUGGUGGAAGAAAAUCCAGGAGAAAACAACUCCGCCCAAUCUUCUACUGCCCUCCAACUAGACAAUUUAAUAAUAAAUAAUGACCAUGAAGAACUAGAAAAGUUUAUCAGCCUGACUAAAGCUGAUGUGAAUGUAGAACUAAAUGAGAAAAAAGAAACAGCUCUUAUCCUAGCUGUUAAACUGAGCCACAUAGAGUGUGUCCAGGUGAUAGUGAACUGUGAGUCGUGUCUGAAGAACUGCCUCAAUGUUAACAAUUGUUCUGCUUUUGAUAUGGCUCUGAUCACUGCUUUUGACAAUCGUUUGGAACCCAGACAUUCCAUUUGUUGGGAAAUAAUCAAGCUGUUGAUGAGGGCUAAUGCGGAACCUAUGUGUAAGGAUGCCAUGAUGUACAUAGUGCGGACAGCCUUCAAGUAUCAGGAUGAUCAGUUUCUGCAUAAUCUCAUCGCAGCAGCUCUAGAGUGUUCAAAUUCAACCAUGUUUCAUGAACUCCUUCUUCAAAAAUUACAUCGUCAUCAGCCCAUCUACGUGGACCCCAUUGAUCCCAUUUUUAUGAACAUGUCAGAUUUUAGCAUUAAAUUAUUAAAGAUAGCUCCUCCAUCUGAGCAGGAGUUUAUCGUGAACUCGAUGUUUUAUUACAUGGAGUCGUACUGGCAGUCCCGCAGGAAUAAAUUCAACACGUUUUACAAACUGAUCGUGUACACCAUCGCGGCGGGCUGGGUGUGGCAAAGGUCGAACGUGUACCACAUCUCCCGAUCCUGUCCACACCUGGGUAAAUGGCUGAUACAGCAGAUGAAGACACCCCUCUCACUCGUUCACCUCUCCCGGGCCUCGUUCCGACGCCACGUGACCUGCCCGGUUCCAGCGGCCAUCGAGGAGCUCCCUUAUCCCAUUCCGGAAUCGCUGAAGCAGUACCUUCUCAUUCAAGACAUGGAUGAACUGUGUUCCUCAGGGACUGUUAACCUCAAUGAAGUGGCCUUUUGAAUCUAGUCAUAAAAAGUUAAAGAACAUUUAAUGUGGCAUUUCUCAUAGGAAACCAGCUCUUUUUUUAAUCAAAGUAAGGGAAAUCUUCACUGCUCAACAGUGUUUUAGGCAGAAAUUGUUUUUAGAGAAAAUUUGAAUUUUGACUGUAUUCGUCUAAAUAAUAGAAACAAAACAAUAUCUGCCUUUAGUUUAAAGGUGCUAAUUUUGAUUGAUCUUUUAUUUUAUUAUUUAAACAUUGAAGAUUUUAAUUUGAAUUGGUAUUUCAAACAUUUUUCUUUGAAAUGAAAUGAUGCAGCACAUUAUAAACUUGUUUAAGGCCAUUUUCUUGUUCCCUCUUAAAGUUGAUUUUAAGUUUCCUUUCUGUCUUGCAUUCAGUCUCACAUUUUGUUUUCUACAGCCAUUUUAUGUUUUUUUUACUCUUUACACUUUGUAAAUUUCAUAAAGCACCUUAUAAUGAUGUACAUACCAAAAAAGUUUUAUGUCAAAAUAUCUUUUCAGGGAAGAACAGCUGUUUGUUGUGAAGAAAUCUUUUAAAUCAGUUAAUUGAGAAGAAAACUUUUAUUUUCUUCUUUUUUUUAUAUUUUAAUACUGAAACAAAAGAAUAAUUUUAAUCAAGAAAAGAGUCAUAAAUGUGUUGCCUGUUACCUUUCAUUGUUUUAAAAGUACAUGUAAUUUAUUUUAUCCAUACAUGGGCUACAUUGCUAUGUGUUUUAUUUCUGUACGUUUAAUUGUUAUACGCUGCACUAGGAGUGUUGCUUAUUAUGAGUUGUAUAUACAUGUAUGUGUACAUUUUGUACAGGUAUAAUCUAUGAAUAUCUCAUAAAAAUGAUGAAAAAUAAAAGUGCUAUGAAUAUGC